CUCAACAAUUCGAUAGCUACGAAGCAACACUAAAAUUUCAGUAAAAACAGAUUUGAACGCCAUCUCAUGUAAACAACAACAUAUUUUCUAAACAGUUUUGUAUGUAUUUUUAUAAAUCGGUAUAGCAUCGAAUUUUCAGUCAUUUUGCAUGUAGAAAAAGAGUUUGUUUUCAUUCAAUCGUAUACAUUUCGUUAACUCAAACAGAACUCAAAAUUAAAAAAAAAAUAUAAUUUAUAUAAAAUUAAAGAAAAACAAAAAUAUUCCUUCCAUUGAAUAAUUUUAUAAUUUCGUGCAUUAUUCAAACAUGCGUAGACAAUCGGGACCUGGACCAGCUGCUUAUACGCUGCCCAGCACGUUUGGGUUUGAGAAAUGCGAUGCUCGCAUGCGCCGUGGUCCGCAGUAUUCUUUUGGCCGCAAACCGGAUUUGCCGGUCAUUAAGAAACAUGGUCCUGGUCCGGCUGAAUAUCAAAUUGGGCAAAUCACACGAUUUGGCAGCGCCAAAGGGCUUGAGUUUUCCAUGCUGCGACGUGGACAAUUGAACAAACCCAACUCGGUGCGUUAUGACUAAGAUGAAUUUUGUGGUUGACGAAAAUGUGGAACGCAAGGAAUAUUGGAUGAAUAUUGAAUGGUCAAAACGUAUGCAUAUUACGUGAAUGUUUUUAGCUGAAAUAUGAUAGUAUUAAAGUGCUUCCCAUUCAAA